GAUGUAUGUCAUGUUUAGUAUUCAUUGACAGAAACGAGCAGUUAAGGAGUCCCAUUUUUAUUUUGUCAUUUUAGUUAGUCCUCUUUUUAGUCUCGCUCAGACAGACAGUGUAGAGAAACAGACAGAGAAAGGCAGGGCUACAGAAAAGGUAAACACCAAAGUCGAACAAGUCAAGAGGAAGCUUAAAAGGAGAGACAGAGAGCAGCAGAUACUUAUUAAUACGUAUUAGAGAUAGAUAUGGCCAGGUUGGAUGUCGCAGAAAUGAUUUGUGGAAUUAUGCUCCCUGGACACAUACACACCCAGGAAUCCUUGCAAUUUGCGCUCAAAUUUCCUUUUCAGGACACAGAUACCCUAAUUGUUUCCUAUCCAAAGUCAGGCACCACAUGGAUGCAGGAAAUUGUGACUCUCAUAUACAGCAGAGGAGACCCACACUUGAACAAAACUGUCCCAAACUGGGUCAGGGCUCCAUGGCUGGAGCAAUACUACUGUGCUCCGUUACUGGAGGACUCAUCCACCACACCUCGAGUCAUCACCACACACCUGCCUCAUCACCUACUGGGCCCUGCCCUCCAGGGUUCCAAAGCCAAGGUCAUCUAUGUGAGCAGAAACCCUAAAGAUGUGGUGGUGUCCUUUUACCACUUUCACAAAAUGGCCAACUUUCUCCCUGAGGCUGGCACAUUUCCAGAGUUUUUAAAUCGAUUCCUGGGGGACACACUGCACUAUGGUUCCUGGUUUGACCAUAUUAAAGGCUGGACCAGUCAGACAGCAGCUAUGGAAAAUCUUCUUCACAUCACCUACGAAGACAUGUUGUUGGACCGACAUGGUGCCAUAAAGAGGAUCAGCUCUUUCCUACAGUGUCCCCUGUUGGAGGAAGAGGUCAACAACUGUGUGCAACACUCCAGCUUCAGCAACAUGAAAAAUAACAAGAUGGUCAACUACACCCUCGUAACUGACGAGAUAAUGGACCAUAGCAAGGGCUCCUUCAUGAGAAAAGGCAAGACUGGUGACUGGAAAAACAUGUUCACAGAGGAGCAGAAUCAAUAUUUCGAAAGCGUCUUCAAGUCCAAGAUGCAAGACUGCACUUUAGAGUUUGUGUGGGAGGUGCAGGAUAAAGAGGAGACACCUGCCAAAGAGCAUAUCCAGCAGGAGAAUACAGACGUAUGAAAAAAAGCUCAAGUUAAUGAAGCUAGAAAUCAUGUUGCAUCCUGUGAGACGGAUCACAAGUGAGCUGUUUUCUCUCUGUUGUAGUUUAAACCAUAUUAGCUGUAUAAAUCCCACCGAUAUGCAAUAAAUUUAGUCCUGAAUUAGAACUAUGUUAAACAUUACUCACGUGUAUAGUUGCAGUUAAGGGGACACUUUGACACAUGUAAUGUUCAGUACCCUGCUAUGCCUCUUAUGUUUUUUGCUGUCUUGCUUUCAUUAAUGUGUCUGUGCAUGUCAUGACAAUUGUGAUGAUCUGUUCAGUCUAAUAAAUGUAUUAAUAAAUCUCAGAUCAACUGAAUCCUCUUAAGGUUGACCAUGAACAAAAUCAUUUGUUGCUUUGGUAAAGAACAAGUGGCACUUAAGGUUGCUAAUGUGCACUACAAGCAAAGAAAUUGACAGUUAUGUAAACAGCGCUACAAUAAGAAGAGGGGGAAGGACAGGUCAAAGAUUUUAAUAUGAAGCUCCUCGUCCAGAGGGCUGAGCUGUCCUUGUGCAACAUGUCGCUUCACACACCCAGAGAAAGGUGUUGUUCCCCCUCCAGUUUCCAUGCACUGAAGUGCUUUUAUCUAAUCCUAUCGAGUUUAUGUGUGUGUGAGUGUGUUUGUAUAAGACCAAACAAAUGGUACAGAGUGUACAGAACCCACUGUGCUCUGUGACUGCAAGGAUGAACUUCAAUAACUGGUGGAAAUGCACUGGUCUGGUGAAAGUUGAUAGAGCAUUAAUCCACAGAGGCUUGUAGCUGACAUCUGAUUGAUCCGAGACAUUCGGUGUUAUAUGAGGAAACUUAUAUCACACCAUAAAGGCGGUUUGUAGAAUGCAAGUGUCUCAGAUUAUUGGAGAUGUUUCUGUUGCUCAGUAGUAAAAAGCAGUUGAAUCUUCCUGCUAACUAAAUUCUAAAUUCAUUUAGGUCUAGCAGGGUGAAAAAUAUAAAUAACACUUAAAAUUCAUUACUCCAUAACUGUUACUCUAAUAUCUUUUUAAAUAUUAUCUGGCAAUUCUUAUUGAAGCCAACCAAAGGACCACAGGCUCUUUUUGCAUUGCUAUUUCAAUAUAGGAGGAUUAAGGCUAAUUAGAUUUUUUCUUGCUGUGAACACCUUGCAACC